GAUGACGUAUUGCGCAUUUAGAGUAUUCCUGGUACUGGUUUCACUUUCCUGACGGAUCGAGCAUCUGAUUUAGACUGAAUGACUCAUUAGUUUAGUCGUAUUUUUCUCGGAGCUGAACAAAACUUAAGAGAUGAAUCGUCUUUUUGGUGGUGGGAAGAAUAAAGGCCCUUCCGCCACAAACCUUCAGGCCCAAAAAUCCAAACAAAUUGAGAGCCUGAGAAAAGUAGGUGCCAUUGAAAUUAUUCGAGAUGUGGAAUACAGGGUUGUUGUUUCGCAAACAAACACAAAUUUGACCAUAAUCAUCAACCUUCCAGCACAAUUUCCCAGUGAGAAGCCAGUUUUGACCGUGCAGCCAGCUGUCGGUCAUCCCUGGGUGGAUGCUCAGAUGAAAGUUGUGGGCUGUCCAAAUGUCAACAAUUUUUCGAUGCACUCGGACCUAGGCCAGGCUGUUCAGGCCGUCCUGGAAGAGUUUAGGAAGAACCCGCCUGCUGUUGUUCCUCAGCACUACAUCCUUGGCUUUAACAACCCGACCAUCGGCUCCACCAUGGUAUCCAGCCCUCCGGUCACUUCCCUACCCAGCUACGCCGGUCACUUCCCACAGACUGCCCCCAGCUCAACUGGCCACUUCCCUCAACCCACGCCCAACGCAGCCGGCCGACACCCAACAAUACCUCCACCUUUACCCCCGCGCCGCAUAACAGGUGCCGCGGGGGAGUUAGGCCCUGAGCAGACAUCACCUAUGGCCUUCAACGCGCCGAAUUUCAGUGCAGAAUUCCCCACACUGAAAGAUAUGAAGCUUUCAGAGUUACAUGAUCUAAUGGAGGAUGAAGAGAGAAUUCUAGAAAUGGUCUUAAAAAUUCCAGAUCUAGGAAAGUUUGCACAGCAGAGAGAAAAUCUUUCCAGUUCCUGUGUACAGCUUGCACAGUCUAAUCUAUCAAAGAAACCAGAGAUUGAAAACCUGAAAGAAUCCAUUAUUUCCAAGAAUGCUGAGUAUGACCAGGUGAGGGCUGAGUUUGAGAGUGUCUGUCUGCGACAUAAUGGACUCUCGGAGCAGUUCCACCCGUCCCACAUUCAGACAAACCUCAAGGUCGCUGUGAUGGAAGCCGACGAAGAGUCAGAGAAACUAGCAGAGAAGUUUCUAGACAAAGAAAUAGAUGCUGAUAACUUUCUCAAAGCCUUCAUGGAGAGACGCACUGUAUGUCAUCUGAGACGAGCCAAGGAGGAAAAGCUCAACCAGAUCAUCAUGUCCCAGGGCCUACACUUCUAGCUCAGAACCGGCUCAUGUUGUUUUAUAUUUCUGACUGUACAAGUUUCAUGAAGAAAAAAA